GUCAGAGACAAACAACACUCUCAUAUAACUGCUGUUAAGAGUCACCGAGUUGAAAGGGCACUGCUGCUUUCUGUCCAACACAACCAUGACUUUCAUGCCAAUAAUAAGAAAUAAAAUCUGAAAAAGGAGGAGGAAUGCUCAGGCACUGUCAGGAGAAGCGUGAUACCCUGUGGUCAACUGAUGGUCACUUUAAAGCACCUGAACGUAAAGGACCAUGAUGAGGGCAGCACUCUGGUGCUUACAGAAGCAGGAAGCUCCGAGACCUCUGGCACCAAGUGUUGGAGUGAAGAGUCCGGAGAAUUCUUCCUCAACCAGCAGAAAAACUUUGCUCUAAGCCUUAUCCUGCUUCUGGGCUGUUAUUCAGCACUUCUUGUCCCUGCAUAUCUGCCUACACAGCAACCCAUCUGGAGUGAGAGGACCACCACUCAGUCCGUGGCUCUGAUUAAUCGCUCUGCAGCCCUGCUGUCUCAGCCGUGCAGCAGUAGCUGGAGCACAGUGAGGCUGAGCACAGUACCUCAGUUCCGUGGCCUGCUGGACAUCCCUGUCUUCCUGCAGAAUGUAACAGCAGAGUGGGAGCUGUCGCCCCCACUGGGCCUGCAGGGCAGUGAAGAGACACUGGCCCACACCCUCAAAGCUCUCCCCCUUUCCAGGCUGCCCUCUGCCCCAGAGAAAUGUAGAAGAUGCAUGGUGGUGGGGAGUGGCGGAGUCUUGUAUGGAAAACAGCUUGGAAUCCAUAUAGAUAAACAUGAUAUCAUCAUCAGGAUGAACAAUGCACCAGUAUUUGGAUUUGAGACAGAUGCCGGUUCAAGAACCACCAUUCGACUGGUCUAUCCUGAAGGGGCCCCCUUAUUACAACAGGAAUACCAGAACACGGAUAUAAUUGCUUUAGUUGUAUUUAAGAGGCUGGAUUUAGAGUGGCUUGCCGCUGUUUUGGCAAAGAAGCCUUUGAGCUGGUGGUCUAAACUGUGGUUUUGGAGGCAUGUCGUCAACGAGAUUCCACUUCAGCCAGAAAACUUUCGCAUCAUGAAUCCUGAAAUACUGAAGAGGACAUGGCAUGUAAUGCUAUCUUACACACAACAGGAAAGAAAGACUGUUCCUACUCUGGGGAUCAGUGCGGUGGUGCUGGCGUUGCAGCUGUGUGAUGAAGUGAGCCUGGCUGGGUUUGGCUAUGACCUUCAGCAGCCUGGAGCCCCGCUGCACUACUAUGAGACUCUGCGCAUGGACGCCAUGAUGACGCAAGUAGUGCAUGACGUCAGCACCGAGAGCCUCUUCCUGCGGGAUCUAGUUAAAGCGGGAGUCGUGCACGACCUCACAGGUGCGCUAUGACGCUGUCACAGCGCCUCCGCGUCCUCCCUGCAACACCACUCUUAUUAGAAACGCAGAGAACAAAGGAAAGACAGGGUUUCAAAGCAAGAUGCAAAACAACAUGGGUGAAAAAAGGAAACACAAAAAAAAUCAACCACUUGUGGGGAUAGUUUGUUCAAUGUGGCAAAUUCAUGAUCCACAAGCGGCCGCAGAUACUAAAAUCUAGCUUUAGCGUAAACUAGCAUAAAAUUGGCAUUAUCUCAACUAAACCAAUAAGAGUAAUUACAGAAUUAAAGGAACAUUAAGGCAAAAACUCAAAUGUAAACAGUUUUCCCACUCACCCCAGAUAUAGGACAAAAGCCAGGACGCGUUUGGUGUGAACAUUUGGCCUCUGGUUUAGCCCUGGAGCUACGAGGCUAACAAUGCUAACAAAUACUAAAAGUUAAGUGUUCUUCGCUGUAAAUACAACCGCAAAAAGCUCUCUCAACCCGCAUCCAGGUCUUCACUAAUAUCGCACAGACUUAUAGAACUAUAAAAAUAUUAUAGCUUCAUCGUGUGGCUGAGCACAGCCACUUUACAGAAGAGGUGCUGUGCCGAAUUCCGACUCCCUCGCAGAAACUGCCUCCCCGUCGCGUGCACGAGCGUCUGCAGCUUACGUUCACGAUUUCUGCCGUUUCCUCUUAAAAUUAUAGGUCUUUAUUUUGAAAAUACAACUGACGGUUAUAGAAAGAAACAAUACAGAUUCCGAACAUACUCUGCAUGGUCCACAUGCCUACCUGACUUGAAGAGAGGUCGAAUAUAGGCACACCAGAAAUAUGAAAGCUCGGCAUUCAGGGAGUUUUCCCUCUUCAUUUUAUAGUUCACGGGGAGUCGCACUGUGCCCUAAAUCACAAGUCUGUGGUGAAUUAAUAAAGAGCUGGGCGUGGUUGGAGCUGGUUUAUGGAACGGCAUCUCAUAUGACUAAAAAUUUGGACACCACACACAUCUUGGCUGAAUGAAUACAUCUGAGUUAAGUCCGAAAACUGUAAAUUAGAUUUUUUUUGCUGAACUAUUUCUUCAGAUUUCCAUGGUGUGCACUAUACUGUUUAAUGCAGUAUUAUCCAGCCCCACUCAUCAGAUAAAAUGUCAAAGGUCUCAUAACAUGCAUGACUACUCUUACAAUACUUUAAGGCAUGUUUAAUAAAAUUUCCUUUACAACAUUUUUCAGAAUCACAUCUGUCACAAAAAGUGCACAAUUUCUAUUGCUUAAUACAAUCCAGUAGUUAGAACAACACAGUAGCUUCCUGAUGCUUCUUUAAAUGAAGGAGAGAACUCAUGAGACUGCAUGAUCAAGGGACACUGCAGGUUUAAAUGUACAUCUCAAUAUGAGGUCAAAGUUACACGUGUAACCAGCUGUGCUGUAAUGCUGGCAAUUAACGUGAUCAUCAUUUAAAGCUACAUAUAGUAAGAUUUAUAAAAUGUUCUUAUGAAAGUGUUUUUAAAUAAAGUACACAGAAGAACUAA